UGGGUGGAGCAGGAAGGGCUUUGCAUUUUGCAAGAUUUCGCUGCCUUGCUCGCUGGAAGGACGCCUCUCACCUCUCCUUCCUGGGUCGCUUUGCCUUGCUGCGCCCCAAAUAUGCCGGUAAGGGGAAAGAUCCGCGUUCCUUUUAGAACUGCAGCUGGUCCACUUGCCUAAAACAGCAUUUAUUUAUUCUUUUAAAUGUUAGUUCAUAGGAAUUUUUAAAAACAGGAACUGUGGGCGUAAGAUGCUGGGCCCGGGGAGAGAUGGAAGGCGCUCUGUUAAUUGAGCCCCUUUGAUUUAUUCCUGUGAUCCAGAAGGUGCGCAAGGAAGCUGGGGUGUCUUUUUAAAACCCUGCCCUCCCCACUCAGGGUAUAGAUCCAUUUGGGUUUCUAAUUUCUGGGUCUCUACGCCCGGAUUAGCCUUGUGUUGUGAAUUGCUGGCGAUGUCAGGGGAAAGAAGAACUUCCUUAUAUGGCCAGCGGGUUUUUCUUUUCUAUAAAAAAAGCAUCCUCUCUGCGGUGGAUGAUUCGCACUGCAACAUCCUUGUUGAAAAAUAAGGGAUGUGUUUUUAAUGUGCAUCAAAUAAUUACACUUUGCAGCAGUAAAUUCGCAGGGCAAAGGAAACGUCAGUUGCUCUUUCUUUUUUUAAAAGUUGCUAUUUGAAAAACAUUGACCCAAAUACAACUUUUGAUACCUGUAGUCCUGUGUCUGGACCUGUGGGCUGGAGGUUACGAAAAGGACGCUUGAUCCAUCCCUGGUUUGCUGGGUCCCCUGUGAAUCAGUACCGUUUAUCACAUUUCUCGGAGUUUAAAAGACUGGCAUUUAGAAGACAUCUGUAGGCAGCCCUGUAUCAGGAAUUUUUUUAGUGUUUGAUGUUUUAUUAUGUUUUUAUCUAUUUUGUAAAGUGCCCAGAGUGGCUUAUUAUUAUUAUUUUUUAUUUAACUGUACUCAUUUGCCCCAAAUGACCUACAUCGACCAGAGCACCAGGUACAGUGAUACCUUGGGUUAAGAACUUAAUUCGUUCUGGAGGUCCGUUCUUAACCUGAAACUGUUCUUAACCUGAGGUACCACUUUAGCUAAUGGGGCCUCCCGCUGCCACCGCACCGCUGGUGCGCAAUUUCUUUUCUCAUCUUGAAGCAAAGUUCUUAACCUGAGGUACUAUUUCUGGGUUAGUGGAGUCUGUAACCUGAAGCGUAUGUAACCUGAGAUACCACUGUACUUUAAUGAACACCUUAUGUUUCACUCUAGACCAGGUGUGGGGAACCUUUGGGUCCUCCAGAUGUUGCUGAGCUUCAACUCCCAUCAGACCCAGAAAGCAAGGCAUAUUGCCCAGGAUGAUGGGAGUUGUAGCUCAGCAACAUCUGGAGGACCCAAAAGUCCCCCCCCUCCAUGCUUUAGACACAUUGACUUCUGUAUUAUGUGGGUUGGUCCUGCCUAGCAGCAGAGGUUGGAUUUGUUGACCUUCUCACCCAGGGGUGGGAAACCUGACUAUGGGUCUCCAGAUGUCGUAAGACUCCAACUCCCAUCAUCCCCAAUUAUUGGUUUUGUAGACUGACAUGAAACCUCUGCUGCCUUGCGGGAUAUCUUUGGGGGAAGCAAAGGCUAAGGAGUAAGUAAACCUUACACGAAUCCAGAGUGGAGUCCCAAAGGUGGUUGGAUGGCGCCUUGUACGCCUCCUUCCAGCAACUCCUGCAGCCAAGCUGAUGCCAAACGUCUUGCUCUGCUUUCCUUUGGACCACAUCAGUGAGGCUGAGAGGGGGGUCCUGUUGUCUGGGCAGCCCAAUACCUCCAUGCACACUGCCCAGGCUUGCACCCCAGGGAGGUCACAUUGGUGCUGCGAUUGCAGCAAUUUGUCUUAACCCCCAGAGGUGCACUCCAUUGUCUCGAGAUGCCAGCAACAAGGCUGAGACUAAUCAGAGUUGGAGCCCAAGGAUAUCUGGAGAGCCACGACUUACCUAUUCCACUGAGCAGCUAAGCAAUUUGAGGGAGUGAAGCCCAUCCCAGAACAGGGGUAGCCCUUGAAAUAUUUUGGACUACCAACCCAAUUAGCAUCAACUGGUUUAGCCAGUGCCAGAGAAUAAUGGGAGUUGUAGGCUACAGCAUUGAGGGUCCCACACUGACUACCCACUGACCUGGAGCAAGAAUAAUAUAAUAAUUCCAAUUGUAGAGUUGGAAGGUACCCCAAGGGUCCAGACCAACCCCCUGCAAUGCAGGAAUUUUGGCACGUGGUUCCCUAUCCAAUUUGAAACCAUAGCGGACCCUGCUUAGCUUUGCAAACAUGCUAGCAGUUUUAUUGCUGCACCACAAGGAGGAGAAUGCUUAGGUGGUUGUUACUUUAAAAGUUGCUUUAUAUUGGGUCAGAUCAUUGGGUCAUCUGUACUGUCUACACUGGGGAGAGACAGGCCUCAGGCCCCUCUCCACGGCCCUCAGGAUUAUUCUCAGGCCACACCCCUCACUGGACCGUCUUCAUACUCUCCUUGAGUACAUUUGCUUGGCUGAAAAGUGCCUGACUUUAACGAAGGAUGGAGAAACCCUCUGACUCGUGUGUGGCUAAAAUGAAGCCUGCCAGACGCAGGAAGGAGGGGCUUCCACUGCCCUGCAGACUUUUGCCCCUGGCUCUGCCCACUGCUGGUAUGUGGCCCCUGGAAAGUUCCCCCACAAAGGAAUGCAGCCAUCGCGAUAAAAAAGGUCCCACUGUCCCUGGCCCAGCUCGACUGGCAGCUGCUGUCCAUGGUUCCAGGCAGGGGACACCCCUAGUUCUACCCAGAGAUGUCAAGGAUUGUAGCAGGACCCUGCUCCUCACAAAGCAGGGGCUCUGCCAAUGAGCUUCUCUUCCCAUGAAUGCUGCUCUUUGUCGCUGCCUCUUUCCCAUUUGCUCCCCUUGCUGGAAGCAGACAGAAACAAAAAAGGAGAAAGAAGAUCUAUUGGAGGACCUGGCAGUUGUUAACCCAGGUGGCACUCAGUUAGCACCUUUAAUAAUUGUGCAGCAGAAGAGGGGAUUUCAACAGGUGUUGCUUUGUGAAGCAAGCUUGAACCUGCUGCGAUCCCCACUUCUGCACAACUAGUAAAGGUGCAGGAGCUCUGCCUUCAUUUCCACUUGGCCACAUGACUUGUGGGCCAGGAGGCCAAUAUUUGCCAACCCCUAUUCUAGCCUUUGGGUGCUGUGACCGGCUAAAGAGCCUCCAGGGACUGGGGAACUCUGACUCUUCUGUACAUGUUUGGGAAAGCAUAGAAACAGCUUUUCUGUGUGCCUGUGGCUUUUUGUUACUGAUUAUCCCUUCUCUUCCCUCUUACAGGCUUAUCAUUCUACUCUUAUGGACCCAGACACCAAACUGAUUGGGAACAUGGCGUUGUUGCCUAUCAGGAGUCAGUUCAAAGGGCCGGCACCCAGGGAAAGUAAGUUCACAGCAGGCCUCAAAAGGGUGUUUUCCGCAACACGGAAGGGCUGUCCCUCAGUGGUAGAACAUCUGCCUUGUACACAGAAGGCCCCAGGUUCAAUCUUUCAAUAGGACUGGAAGGGUUUCCCUGCCGGAAACUCUGGAGAGCUGCUGCCAGUCAGUACACACAGUACUAAUCUAGAUGGACCAAGGGCCUGGCUUUAUAUAAGGCAGAUUCCUAUGUUAGGAUCCUGAAGCAGUUUAUUAUUUGUAUCUGACAGAGUUACCCCAGCCACUCUGGGUUGCUUGGGAACGACACUUCCCAGGAUUCCUGGGGGGAAGCCAUGACUGCUUAAAGUGUUAUGGUACUGCUUUAAAUGUACACUGCAAAUUGGGUCUAGAAAAAAAAUGCCUAUGUAAACAAAAGUGUUCUUAAUAGCUCCCGGAAGCACCCUGAUAGUGGGGUAGGAAGAGGUAUUUCUAAGAGGGGACUCCCCUACAGAGAAGUCCUUUUCUGUGUUGUUGUCAAGCAACAUAUUUUGAAAAGCAGCACCAUUAAUGAGGUUUAGGGUGCAUGUCAAAGCAUUCUGUGUAGGCAUGCAUUUCACAUGGGUAGGUUCUUGAGCUCUGUAUUCUACCUAGGUAAAGGUAAAGGACCCCUGACAGUUAAGUCCAGUCAUGGACGACUCUGGGGUUGUGGCGCUCAUCUCGCUUUACUGGCCGAGGGAGCCGGCGUUUGUCUGCAGACAGCUUCCGGGUCAUGUGGCCAGCAUGACUAAGCCGCUUCUGGCGAAACCAGAGCAGCGCAUGAAAACACUGUUUACCUUCCCACCUAUUAAUCUACUUGCACUUUGACGUGUUUUCGAACUGCUAGGUUGGCAGGAGCAGGGACUGAGCAACAGGAGCUCACUCCAUUGCAGGGAUUUGAACUGCCGACCUUCCUAUCGGCAAGCCCUAGGCUCUGUGGUUUGGAACACAGCGCCACCCUAACCUUAUGUAUAUUAUUUAAAGUACAGUACUAGAAACUGAAGCUGCAAUCCUUUAAAUGCAUUCUUAGCUGGGAGUAAGUCCAAUUGAACUUGGUGGGGCUUACUUUUGCAUUGUCAAUCAGACAUCUUCAGGAGUCAGCUUGCAUUUCUUGCGAUACCUUGUUUUCUUAUAAUAUUCCAAGUACAUCUAUCUUCUUUCUCUUUCUUGGUAGCAAAAGAUACAGACAUCAUAGAUGAAGCCAUUUACUACUUCAAAGCAAAUGUCUUCUUUAAAAAUUAUGAAAUCAAGGUAAGGAGGAUGGAAAAACCUGCUUUAAAAUGCUUGCUGUGCAUUCUGGAGGGCCAGGGACUUGUUUUCGGAAACAUAGGAUUGUAUCUACUUGGAGCUGACCCAUUGACAUUAAUGGGCGUGGCUAACUUAGAUCCAUCAAUUUCAGUGGUUCUACUCUGAGUAGAACUUAAAUGGACACAACCCAAAGAAAUUAAAUACAGACAUAAGAGUGACUUAAGUACCCAAAAACAAAACAAAACAACCUGUGAUUUGCAUAUUAAAGGGAUCAGUUGCUCCUGCUAUUAGAACAGCCCUGCUGGAAGGUUCCCCUUAUCCAGGGCCUCUUUUCUCAAAAUAGGCCAGCCAGAAGGUUCCAGCAGGCCCCCAAUAAGGGAUGAAGGCAAUUUCCCCGGUCAGCUGGUGUGCGGAGGUUGACUGCAUCUGGAUAAGGAGGCUCCAUUAUCCUGGCUAAUAAACCUGUCCCCCCUUGUCUGAUCCCUUUUUAAAGUCUUUUAAAAUAUUGAUGCAUUAAUCAUGUAUUGAACAAGGACAUUCCCAAUGAUUUUCAAUCAGCUCUAGUAUUAUAGAAGAGGAACAGUGUGUGUGUUGAAUAAUCCCCAUGCAUGACAUUCACACGAUGAGUGGCAAUGCUUAUGGUUCACUUGUUUGAUUCCCCUUACUCCCACUUGGUCUGUUUCAUCUGCUUUCAUAUUGCUGUUUUAUUGGCUGUAGGCUGCAUUUUUAGUAACUAUUUUUUUUAUUUAAAAAAAGGGUUGUAUGCUGCUUACAGAUUUUAAAUAAACAAAUAGAGACUACGGCGCCAUCUUAACACAAUGAGGAGGUGCCAGUUGGUUUGGGCAAACUAAGAUUGCAGAAAGAGGUGAAGAAAAGAGAUAUUAAGUUUUCCCAGGAGAUGACUUGGAUUUAUUUUUAUUUUUAGAAUGAGGCCGACAGAACUUUGAUCUACAUAACACUCUACAUUACGGAGUGCUUGAAAAAGCUGCAGAAGGUAACAGCAUUGAAAAGGGCACUAGCCUUGUCUGCCUCCAUGAACUUUGUCUGCCAAGGGUAAUGAGGAUGUUGCUCUCAUCCCCAGGAAGCACCGGUGGGGAGAAUGCCUUUGGGCCCCCAUCCUGCUUGUGAGCUUCCCAGGAGUAAAUGGUUGGCCACUGUGAGAACAGAAUACUGGCUUUCAGACCCAGCCAGGAGGAUGUUCCUUAUGUGCUGAGAGCUGGUUGUUGCUUUUAAGCCGAAGGAAAUAAAAGUUUAAAAACAAGAAAAUAUAAAUGUAUUAUUUUCCUAUGUCUGUCCUUUUUGGGGGUGGGGUUGAAAAUUAAAAUAAAACUGUAACCGUUCUUAGGGAUUACAGUGGGUAUGGGGAUACUGCAGAGCAAGUCCCUUUGAACACAGCAGAACUUGCUUCUGAGUAAAGACACAUAGGAUCCUGCUGUAAUACUGCCAGUUGUGUGUUGCGUGUACAUUACGUUUUGUGUUAUCUUAAGUGGCUCAUGCUUCCUUGUGCUCUCUUUUCCUCCAGUGUAAUUCCAAAGGCCAGGGAGAAAAAGAAAUGUAUACAUUAGGAAUAACAAAUUUCCCCAUCCCUGGAGAGCCAGGAUUUCCACUGAACGCUCUCUAUGCCAGACCUAGCAGCAAACAGGAAGAAGGUAAGGGCAAGGUAACAAUGCGGACUGCAAGCUUGAAUUGGUGGAUUUAAUCCACUUACAGCUGAAUCUUAAAGAUGCUCAUUCAUCAGCCUUACUGAACUAAAGGGGGCUUACCUCUGGAUUAAGGGUGUAUAGUAUAGGAUUGGAUCCUUCCUCUCAUUGCAUUUAGAGUAGGACGCAAAGCAGCCUCUGCCCCCAUUUCCCCACAACUUCAUUUUCAGUGUAGCAUUUCCUCAAGCUCCUACUCUUUCAAUCUUGCGAACCUACAACUUGAUUUAGAGGUCUGGGUGUGCCUGUGCCCCUUGCAGUCUGAUGGAGAGAGCAGCUCUGCCUGGGCAACAGAAUGGGCAGAUGGGCUUUCUCCAUCUGAUCAGGGAGACAUUCAUGGCAGCUUGCUGCAUGUGAACCAGCAUCACGUUCCUAGGAACCACAGGCUUCAGGUGUUCACUUAGUCCAGCAGAGAACAUCCCAGCUUGUUUUGUAGGCAGCUUUCAAAGAGAGGAGAGGGGCAAAGCCAGCUUCAGCUGCAGGCUGGCUGCCGAAACCACCUUUUGGGAGGUGGCAUAGCAAAACUAGUUGCAAGGUGUUGAAAAUACCGUAUUAUUUGGGAAAGAAGGACACAACGAGGCUGUUUAGUAUGAGAAUGGGAGAAAAUCAUUUAACAUGGUUUUAUUGUACUUGUAUUUAUUUAAUGUGUUUAUAUCUACUGUAUGUGUUUAUAUCUACUGUAAACUUUUGGGAUCAACAGAUAAAUGGAAAUUAAUAUUUUUUUAAUUCAUCAAAACUGUGACUGAAUGGGAGCUAUAAUAUGAUCUGGCCUUGGUUGUGGAGUGUACGUCUUUGUUUUUCAGAGAUUAUGAGGGCCUACUUGCAGCAGCUGAGGCAGGAAACCGGCCUGAGGCUUUGUGAAAAGGUCUUUGAUCCCCAGAGUGACAAACCAAGCAAGGUCAGAUAUUGAUCUCCUCUGUGACUUCGCUCUAUUUAAGCUAGGAAUGGCUCACCUGUGGUGGUGGUGGUGGGGACUCCCUUCAGUCCCAGCCAAGUUAGCCAUCCUUUAAGUCUCAGCAGACUCCUGACAGAACAGAAGUGCUUCCUUUCUGUCAGGCCUGGGGAACCAGUGGCCUUCCAGAUGUUGGACUACAGAGCCCAUCAUCCCUGAUCACUGGCCACCACACUGGCUCAUGCUGAUGGGGGAUAAAGUCCAACACCUUCUGAGUGCCACAGGUUCCCCACCUCUGCCUUAUGUUUUUUGGGUUUUUUAGAAGGACCAGUGGAAUUUGCCAAAUAAUUCAUAUAUUUAAAUUAAAAUCCUCUGUUCAUAUCUACGUAUUAGUUGUGUACAUCCAUGGCAAUGCCCUCAGGGUGUUGCAUUCCCAACUCCCCUGCCUCAGCAAGCAUUGUCACUGGUCAGGGAUGAUGACAGUUGCAGUGCAAGGACAUCUGGAGAGCCCCAGGCUGGGGCAGGCUGUUUUAUGGCAUUGUACCUUAAGCUGUGCGCUGGCUCUGGUUCUCCAGAAGCGGCUUAGUCAUCCUGGCCACAUGACCCGGAAGCUGUACACCGGCUCCCUCGGCCAAUAAAGCAAGAUGAGCGCAGCAACCCCAGAGUUGGUCACGACUGGACCUAAUGGUCAGGGGUCCCUUUACCUUUCCUUAAGCCAAUUUGAUAGGGUGUGGUAUAUUACCAAAUAAAUACAGAGAGUCUAUCAGUAAUCAGGGUGUGUUUUGUAUGACUAUCUUUUUACUUUACAACAUCUAGCUAGAGCAGAACCAUACUUGAUUGCAGACCCAGGAUGGCUGCCAAACAAAAGCUGUGUGUUUAGUUUUUCCUGAAAGUCUCUUGUGGGAGAUCAGAGGGGAACGUGGCACACAGCUUCAGUUUUUCGCAGCAGCCUCAUGUCUGCUAUCAAGUCCAGUUAUACAUGGGGCUGCCUCAGUUUGGAAAGCAGCCAGGUUGCUGAUCAGUGCAAGGCAGUUUGAGCAUAUAACGCUAAUCUAGCCCAACAGUACUGGCUGCCAAUUAGUUUAUGGGUCCAAUUCCAAGUGCUGGUUUUGACCUAUAAAGCCUGAAGUGGCUCAAGACCGCAAUACCUCAAGGACUGCCUCUCCCCACCUGAGCAACUCCGGACCCUGUGAUCAGCAACCCUGUGAUCAGCAUCUGAGGCCCUUUCUUUGUGUGCCUCCUCCAUGAGAGGUCUGGAAGGGAGCAACAUGAGAACAGGCCUUUUCUGUGGUGGCUCCCCAUUUGUGGGAGGUUCGCCUGGCACCUUCUUCACAUAUCUUUAGGCGUCAGGCAAAAACAUUCCUCUUCUCCCAGGCCUUUGGCUGGUUAAACAAUCUAUGGCCUUUUAAACUAUGGAGGGGGUUAUUAUUCUGUAUAUUAUUAUGUUAAGUAUGCCUGUGUUUUAAAACUAAACUGCCCUGUGAUCCUCGGAUGAAGGGCAGUAUAGAAAUUUAUUAUUAUUAUUAUUAAUUAUUUUGUGAAGUAAUUUACAAAACAUUGUGAAGUAAAAGCAUGGAUAAUACAAACCCACAGUAUGUGAUGUCAUCUCACUGAGAUGUUACACCAGCCAAUCACGUGCUCCUGGUGUGACAAUGUCAUGUCACAUCAUGAAUUUUGUUAGACGUUAAUGAGAGAUCGGGGAGUGCAGGGAUGUAUUUUUCACUGCGAUGUCUUUGAAGACAAGUUGCAGGGUGGAAACGGGUGUAUUUCCACUUCUUCGCUUCAUUUUCACACCUUGUCUUCUUUUCCCUUUGUCUCCUAGUGGUGGAUGUGUUUUGUGAAAAGGCAAUUCAUGAACAAGAGCCUGUCAGGACCAGGGCAGUGAAGAGCGGCGCGUGGCUGUCUCGCCAAAGCACUUUGCUGCCAGAUGUAUAAAAUUUUGCCUCUGUUUUAAUAUAUGUUUUCUACCGAGAGAGAGAAUAAGCGCUUCUGUGGGGGAAAGAUACCCACCGGUGGAUGAAAAGGUGGAGCUAAAAUCAUGUGCAAACCUUGCUGAGCUGGAGCUUGAUGACGAUGAGGAAUAAAAUGUGGUUUCUAGCAUCG